AAAUCUCGCGAGACUUUGAUUCCGGAAGUUUGGGCUUGUCAUGUGAUCACCGCAGCUAUGUCAAAAUAAUCGGACAUCCAUCAGGGAGGAAGAGGCGGCGGCUCGAGCGGGUUUCUGGAAGCUUCGGCCGGCAUGCAGAACGUGAUCAACACGGUGAAGGGCACCGCGCUCGGCGUGGCCGAGUUCCUCACCCCGGUGCUGAAGGAGUCAAAGUUCAAAGAGACGGGGGUGAUCACUCCAGAGGAGUUUGUAGCAGCAGGAGAUCACCUGGUUCACCACUGUCCGACGUGGAAAUGGGCCGCUGGCGAGGAAGCUAAGGUGAAGCCAUUUCUGCCGCCAGACAAACAGUUCCUGUUGACUCGCAACGUUCCGUGCUACAAGCGCUGUAAACAGAUGGAGUACUCUGACGAGCUGGAGGCCAUCAUAGAGGAGGACGAUGGCGACGGGGGCUGGGUGGACACUUACCAUAACUCAGGUCUGUUAGGAGUCACUGAUGCUGUUCGGGAGAUUUCUCUGGACAAUAAUAAGGACAAGAACAUGAACGCCACAUCCGCGCCGUGCUGCGACGACGAUGACGAGGAUGAAGAAGGGGAGGCAGCAGACAUGGAAGAGUAUGAGGAGAGCGGCCUGCUGGAGACAGACGAGGCGACCCUGGACACCCACAGAGUCACAGAGAGUAAAGCAAAGGCAGAACCUGGGAGCGAGGACGCCAUCCUACAGACCAGAACGUACGACCUGUACAUCACUUAUGACAAAUACUACCAGACUCCCCGACUCUGGCUGUUCGGAUACGACGAAGACAGGCAGCCGCUCACGGUGGAGCAGAUGUACGAGGACAUCAGCCAGGACCACGUGAAGAAGACCGUCACCAUCGAGAACCACCCCCACCUCCCCCCACCUGCCAUGUGCUCCGUGCAUCCAUGCAGACACGCAGAGGUGAUGAAGAAGAUCAUCGAGACUGUGGCAGAAGGAGGCGGAGAGCUGGGAGUUCACAUGUACCUGCUGAUCUUCCUGAAGUUUGUGCAGGCCGUCAUUCCUACGAUAGAGUACGACUACACGAGACACUUCACCAUGUAGCCGAGCGGCUCCUGAGGACGCCGGGUCUCCGUCAGAGGAACAGUUUUUGUUUUCUCCUGUCUGUGUGCUUGUUUUCUGAGAAAGCCGGGUGAAAUCAGCAUCCGUUUCAUCCCUUCGUCCCCUGUCUGCUUCGUCUCUUUGCGUUGGUGUUCUUUUUUUCUGGACCUUUGUGGGGUUUUGUUUUCAGUGGAGUCUGGAAAUGUCUUUGAUGUCCGUCACUGGUGCAGGAAGCGUCCCCCCUGCUCCUCUGCUGCUGUGAGGUCAAACCGGCGCCAGCGGGACCUAAAGCUCACCUGCUGCUCUCUGAAUGUAAGCCUCGGGUCCAUUUCUGGGGAACCUGCUGAGCAGAACCCUCCUUCCUCUGAGUGGAACCCCCUCGCCUGCUGCAGUGAACCCAAACCCACAAGCUGACGGAGAUGGUCUGACGUGGACUCUGGUGGUCUUCAUGCUGCUUGGUCUCAUGAAGCCUCUUGUGAAUGUGUCCGGUGUUCCUGCAGGGGGCAGCAGAGAGCCCCGUGAGGGUUUUAGUGCUGAAUACUUAUCCUGAAAUAUAAAAAAAAUCAUGGUUAAUGACUAUAUUCCACUAAAGGAUGUGUUGCGGUUAUUCCUGUCCUCGCUCCACGGCUUCACACUCGUCUGUUUCAGUGACGGACAUUCAAGAAUAAAGUUUCCUGAAACACCAAAA